ACGCGGCCGUGUUUGUUCUGAGCAGGUGGGAGAAAGUAGAAAACAAGCCGCCGGUGACCCCAGGAGCAGAGAGAGAGAGAGAGAGAGAGAGAGAGAGAGAGAGAUUGAACAGUUAUAUCAACACAGGAAGCUUUUAAAGCAGAGUGAAACUUGUUGUCGCAUGAGUUUGAAGUGUGUUGUGUAACUUCUUUGCCACUCUUUGCCUUGUGUUUAUGUUGUUUGUUUUGUUUUUUGAGUGUAACAUGAUGAGAGUUCAUCUUGACACUUUAUUAUGAAGAAGCCUCGACGACUUGUCUGGGUUUUUCAGUGUGUUUUGACCUUUUUGUACCCAUGGAGAGCGUCGGAAAGUUCGAGUUCAGCAAGAAAGAGCUGAUAGGACACGGUGCAUUCGCGGUGGUGUUCAAAGGAAGACACAAAGAGAGACAUGAGUUUGAAGUUGCUGUGAAGUGCAUAAAUAAGAAGAAUUUGGCCAAGUCGCAGUCGAUCCUGGGGAAAGAGAUCAAAAUAUUAAAGGAGCUGAAACAUGAAAACAUCGUCGGUUUACUGGAUUUUCAGGAAAUCUCAGGUUGUGUUUACCUCGUCAUGGAGUAUUGCAAUGGUGGAGAUCUGGCGGAGUAUCUACACUCCAAAGGCUCUCUGAGUGAGGACACCAUCCGGAGCUUCCUGCAGCAGAUAGCGGGUGCUAUGAGCGUCCUGCGGAGUAAAGGCAUCAUCCACAGGGACCUGAAGCCGCAGAACAUCCUCCUGUCCUACAGCGCAGGGCGCAGAGUCAGCCCCAACAACAUCUGCAUCAAACUGGCUGACUUUGGCUUUGCGCGCUACCUGCAGGGGAACACGAUGGCUGCUACACUCUGUGGUUCUCCCAUGUACAUGGCUCCUGAGGUGAUCAUGUCACAGAAUUAUGAUGCAAAGGCUGACCUGUGGAGCGUGGGCACCAUCAUCUUCCAGUGUCUGACUGGCAAAGCUCCAUUUCAGGCGAGUAGUCCUCAGGAGCUGCGACUGUUCUAUGAAAGGAACCGGAAGCUCAAUCCAAACAUCCCAAGGGAAACCUCCAGUCAUCUGAGGCAUCUGCUGCUUGGCCUGCUACAGAGGAACCACAGAGACCGCAUGGACUUCGAUGAGUUUUUUCAUCAUCCUUUUCUGGAAGCGAGCACUGUGCUGAGAAAAUCCUCUCCACUGCCCAUGCCAUCGUACCCCAGCUCAGGAUCUGGAAGCUCCAGCAGCGGCUCCUCAACCUCCAACCACACCCCCACACAGUCUGAUACUGAAACCCAAAAGCCACACCCACUACUCAAAGCCACACCUCCUUCCCGCUCCCAGCUAAAGGACUCGUCUUCCUCAGAGACAGAGGACUUCGUCAUGGUUCUAGCACAGUUCCCCAAUGAGAUGGCAGAUCAGGACAAUCAGGAAAUGGGGAUACAGAGUGGGUGUUCUCUGUUGAGUCCAGGUACCUUUGUGGGUAGAACACCUCCACCCUCUCCCUCUCUCCGAAUAUCCCCAAGCCCUACCAGACCUGUGGAGAGCUGUGGCAGUAGUUACAGCCAGUCCGUGCCUGUUCCUGUGCCUACACAAAUCCACAACUAUCAAAGAAUGGAGCAGAACCUGCAGGGAGCAUCGAGGACUGCAGCACCCACAAGUCAUUGCUGCAUGGGUGGGUUCCCCAGAGGCUCUGUUAGUCCAUCUCAUCGCAGACUGUCUACAGGGGGAUCCAGACCUCACCAAUUGUCUCCCAAAGUGGGAACGAUACCUGAGAGCCCUGACCAAUCAGAGCCGCAGUGCAGCAGGACGGGACUGCAGGAUGUGCACGUCCGUCCGCAGAAUCAGGUCUUCCCUCUUUUCUCUGAUGUCGGUGCCAUGGAAACGACUUUGACACCUAUAAAUGGGAGCCACCAGCGCAGUCCAGAUGCAAUAGUACACAGGUGGGAGCUGGCCAGACGAGUCAGCCUUCCCUGCACCCUGAGCCACACCAGGACCAUGGCUGACCUCCAGGAACCCCAUGUGAUCCCCAACAACACGGCGCACAGGAGGAGAGGCUCUGUGAAAAGGUCCAGUAGCGCGGGCCGGUUGUCUGAUAUGCUGCUGAAGGCUGUGUUUGGAUCUCAGCUGGACAGGGGCAGCUGUGAGGGGCUGAAUACAGAGAGACCCAUGGACACUACAGCGCCCUCUGGUGGAAUUGUUAAUGUAGAGAAAGGCUCAGGGAGCCCUGGUCAUGUCCUCUUCACUAUAGGCACCCCUCCCGAUGGACACAGUCCUCCUUCGACCACUGGACACAGACACAUCUCAGUGUCCUCGUCCAGUCCUGGCAGUCCUGGCUGGACAUGCAGUCACUCCCCCAAGUCCUGCAACUCGCCAGAAAGAUACUGCUGUGCUAUUACAGACAUCAUGGCCUGCAAUCUGCACCGGGACGCGGCCUUCGUGCCUCCUGAGCUCCCGGCGGAGACGCUGAUGGAGCAGGGUCACACGGACAUGCUCACCCAGCUGCGCUUCACUCUGGCCUUCACACACUGUGUGAUGGACAUGGCCGCAGCAAAGGAUGCUGGGAUUGAGAGGAACGAGACGUCCGACGCCUCCUUCCUGGAACAGAGUCAGGUGGCUGACCAGAUAAGCCAACUGAGCCGAGAGUGGAGUUGUGCGGAGCAGUUGGUCCUGUAUAUGAAGUGUGCUGAGCUCUUAUCCACCGCCUUACACACAGCGAAGGAGGCGAUUAAACAGGGCAAACUCUAUCCAUCUGCAUCUGUUAAACAGGUGGUGCGUAAGCUGAAUGAGCUGUAUAAGGAGUGUGUGAUGUCCUCUCGCGCUCUCACUGCGAGGCUUCAGCUCUUCUUCAGCACCAAACAGAGGCUGAUGGACCGCAUGAGCAACAUCACUGCCGAGAAAAUCAUCUACUCUCACACCGUCCAGAUGGUGCAGGCUGCAGCUCUGGAUGAGAUGUUCCACCACGGCGAGGCCUCGGUCCAGCGUUACCACAAAGCCUUGCUGCUGAUGGAAGGCCUGUCCUUAAUCAUUACAGAGAGAUCCGACCUCAACAACAUUAACAAAUGUAAGCAGUGUAUUGAGCGGCGUCUCUCCUCCCUGCAGUCAGGACUGUGUGUGUGAUCACAUGCCACGGAGGCUUCGUGUUUCCUCUGACCCUCAUAUUUCCUCUGAUGCCAAAUGAAUCUUCAUCCCCCAUUUACAUGCAGAUUAAUGAUCGGAUCAUUAUCUUAUAAGUAUGCUUUAGUAUAAUACAUGCUACAGUUUACUAAGGAAUAAAAAAUGGGGGUGUGCUGUUGCAGGAAAAUAAUCAACAAUGACAGGAUGGUGUGAUGAAGGCGGAGUCACUGUUACCACCAUUGAAGCUGAUUAUUUUCCUAUAACAGCACGUCUUAAAGUGUUUUGUUCUUCUUAAACCACAGCAAUUUGCCCACGACUGCAAUUAUUUAUUUAUUCAAUUACUAAUAUUUAUUUAUAAACAGUCGUCCCUCAUAUAUUCUUUUAAAGAUUUUCCGGUGGCAGCAAAGAGAAGUCUUACAAAGCUCUGACACUGGAGACUCCUUCCAUAAAUUACAGAAACCAUAUCAAUGAUUAUAAGAAAUGAUCAUCAGUUUAUUAUUGGGAUUAGUUUAUCUGGAAGUUCCUGGGAAUGUUGUUAUUAAAAGCUGUUGUUAUAGAAAAUGAAUCAACGCCUUCUGACCAAUCAGAACUGAGAACUCAACAGAGCUGUGGUAUAAAUUGGAUGAAAGUUCUUAGAUUAAACCUGGUUUAAGGGUCUUACAGUGGUUGAAAUGUGUGUGAGUUAGUUCAUUAGUCUUCUUACAGAACACUGAUCUGCUGAAGUGAUGUAGAAACGCUGUUCAUUCAGGAUCUGCUUCAGCAUGAGCAGUAAACUUGACUAUGAUUAAUAGCACUGAAUCUACUCAUCCAAUUCCAAAUCAUGAUUUCUUAUUAGAGAGAUUGUGCGAUUUUUCUUUCUCUGACACGAAGCAUAAUGGACUCUUUCUUAUCUUUUACUUUUUAUGCUCUAAAGCAUGGUCUUGCAUGAGCAGAGACCUGCGAGGCUUCGAGAGGAAGUGUAUUCUUACAGUCGAAACCUACACAGCUGUAGUAGACUUGAUUCGAGAAGGUUAGACGGGUCGUGUUGUGUCAGUGUUACACAGAGCAAGUUAUUAUAAAAUUAUAUAAAAGUGAUAGACCAAGCGAAAGCAUUUUCUGUUGAAUCGCUGUGUGAGCUUUUAACUCUGAUACAAUACUUGAUAUUUAUUGUGAGAACUGUAUGUACUUUGAUAAAUCAGCUACUGUACCUUCAUUAUUUACAACUGUCUUUACAGUGAAGCACUUUAUGAAUGAGAAUGCUACCUGAAUGCCUAAACGAGUCUACUGUAGAGGAGCUGACCUUGCUCGCUUUAUAGCUUUUAUUUAAUUUACUCUGUCGUAUGUAGCACCUUUUUUUAAAAAAAAAAAAAUGCACACAAUUCACAUGGAUCAAGUGUUCUAACUGUUGAAAUUUUAGAGAUGACAUUUUUUUUUGGACUGUUUUUUUUUUUUUCUGUAUUGCCAUUUUUUUUUAAUGUGUAAGACAAUGGCCUUAUGUAUGCACACAAAAUGCACAUGAGCACCUGUUGUAUAUAACGUGUAUGAUGUUUAUGAAGCUUUUUUUCUUCUUGUUUUUUCAAAAUGCCAAGGUUUGUAAUGUUUGUAGUUUUGUGUGUAUGUGUGUUGAUCAAAAAUAAAGUUUGGUCCCAUUUUUA